GCUGCUCAACUCUGGGAGCGGGCCUUUGGUGCACGUCGUUCCAAGACGCUUCGCAAUCGUGCUAUGACUUGGGCUAAGGCACGGGAAUGGCUCAAGGCCUCUACUGGCAAGCCUUGGCCUGAAAAGGCAGAGAUCAUGCUGACUUACUUGGAGGAAAGACACGAGUCUCAAGGAAUGGGCAAGUCAGUUCCGAAUGGGAUUCUGGGUGCUCUGGCCCUACUUGAACAAGUGGGGCAAGUGGACACCGACCGGCGGCUGUCUGAAGAUCGAUUGCUCAUCGAGGCGUGCCGCUCUUGGACAGCGGAACUGGAGCAAGGCGCACCGCCUCGUCGACAGGCGCCGAUGUUCACCGUUGCAGUGAUCCUCGCGGCGGAGUUGUGUGUCUGCAAGCAAACGUUUCCGGUAGGACUUAGAUUUUAUGCUUUCGUGUUGCUUAUUUUGAUUUGGGCAACGAUGCGGUGCGACGACAUCCAAGGGGUCGAUCCGAGUUCUUUUGUGCUAUCGCAGAUAGGUAAAGCAGUGGGUAACCUCUACGGCUACAUUGGGAUGGCUUCCUUGAACCUGAGGGAGUCGCUGUGCACCUUCGGCGAUUGUUGCUGGCCUUGA